AUGGCUUCUCCUGCGCAUGGUUGUGGCAAUGAGACUGCUAGCAAUGACAUUUCCCGCGGCCAAGCAAACAAAAUCGACAAGUCACGUUGGUCGUGGUCAGCGAAGGAAGAAACUGUGUUGGUGAAUGCCCUAAAGUCGUUGGUCGCCGAUGGCUGGAAGUCGGACAACGGGUUUCGCGCGGGAUUCCUAGGUAAGCUGGAGGAAGCACUGAGAAAGGAGUUCCCCGGGACCGACUUAAAGGCUAAUCAACACAUCAACUCCAAAAUAGGGACAUGGAAGAAAAACUACUACUCGCUGAAUGCAAUGUUUAGUAAGAGUGGGUUCGGAUUCAAUGUCAACGGUGACUACAUGAUAGACAUUAACAACGAGCAGUGGGAGCAGAUCAUGAAGGUUGACAACAACGCGCGGAAUAUGCGCUACAAGAGCUGGCCACUGUACGAUGACUGGAAAAUUAUAUUCGGCAAGGACCGAGCAACAGGGAACAGAGCCGAAGAUUUCAUGGAAGCUGUUAAUGAUAUGAUUGGUCAACACAAUAUCGCUUACGAGGUGAACAACGAUGAGAUAACUCCACCGCCACAAGGUGAGGAAGAGCUGUUGAAUGAUGUGGCUGAAGGCAGCGUCUGUGAUAGUCAAAAGUGUGGACGAGAGAGACGGAAUGCAGGCAGAAAGCACAAGCGAGAUGAUGGCCUUGAUGGAGUUCACGAGCUGCUGCUUGAAAUCGGUCGCAACACAGACAAGAGGCUGGAGCACAUUGGAAACAGAAUUGGCUACGAAUUUGACCUAGCUCAAGCAAGGUCUGAAGUGUUUGAGACUGUGUGUGCCAUACCGGGACUCAAUAUCAGCGACAAGUUCGAUGUUUGCGAGAUACUCGUGAUAAGAGAGAGAGGCUCGAGCUUUUCAUGA